AUGAAGUCUUCCCUCUUGUAUUUAGGUCUCUGCAUCCUCUCCCUGGGAUCCGCACUCCCCGAGCCGGCUUCCAACAACCAGGCGUCGGCAAAUGCGGUAAAGCGUCUAGUCUUUGACUGCGCUGAUGGACAGGUCGGCGAUACUUGCCUGAAUAUGUGCUAUGGCGCAAAAUGCAAGAGACUGGGCACCACACUCACCUGGGAUCACCCGAAUUAUACCAACCAGGGCAAGCGCAGCCGUCUUGCCGGCUGUGGCUCUGGCAACAGAUGUAGCAAACCCCCCUAUGGCGCUGGAUACCAGUGCGACGAGUUUCCGUUCAAGUCCGUCAAGGAGGCAGAAAAGGGCAACCAAGUCAACCGAUGCGUCAAAAGACACUAUAACAGCCGCCAAGGAGGUGUCCUGCGGCAAUUCUACUACUCCAAUGGCAACUUCAAGGGCAAGGGCUGCGAUGGGAAGGCCCCUUGUAAAUUCAGCCUGUCCUUCAAGAACUUCAAUAAGUAUGGGUACUGCAAAAAGGGGGGAAGCUGCACGAACGACGGAAAUGAAUAUACCAAGGCCGGACCGGCGAAGCGCGAAGAGGAGGUCGACGCCAGUGGCUAUUACCGCCUUGGGAGCGGCGAUGUUAUCUAUGUUCCUGACGGUGCGGCAGUGGGUGAUUUGGUCUAUAAGGCUAAAUUCACCAACUCCAAUGGGACCAUGAUUGCCGAUGUUGCGACUCCGACUGAUGACGAUGAUGAGAUCGAUGACGAUGACGAGUUCGACGUUGAAGAAGAUACCAUUGUUGAAGAGGUUGAGGACUAUGAAUAG